UCGUCAAUGAAAAAUAAGACUCUGCUCUGUUUUAUCGGUUUUAAUCACUGGAAUUAAACAUGAUUCAUGAGCUUUUACUGGCGCUAAGCGGAUAUACUGGGACCAUCUUCACAUGGAACAAACGGGCAGGUUUGCAGGUUUCCCAGGACCUUCCCUUCCUUCACCCCAGUGAGACCAGUGUCCUGAACCGGCUGUGCAAACUGGGCUCCGAUUACAUUCGUUUUACAGAGUUCAUAGAGCAGCACACCGGCCACGUUCAUCAACAAGAACAUCACACAAACCAGCCAAACCAGACGGGUCUUCAUGGAGUUUACCUGCGAGCAUUUUGCACCGGACUGGACUCCAUGCUGCAGCCGUACCGACAGGCCCUGCUGGACCUGGAACAGGAAUUUCUUGGAGAUCCACAUCUGACGAUAUCCCAUGUGACUUACAAGCUCGAUCAGUUCCAGCUGCUGUUUCCCUCUGUUAUCGUGGUGGUGGAGACCAUAAAAUCCCAGAAGAUCCACGGCUGUCAGAUCCUGGAGACGGUGUACAAGCACAGCUGCGGGGGGCUUCCUCCCGUCCGCGUGGCCUUGGAGAAGAUUCUGGCGGUGUGUCACGGCGUCAUGUACAAGCAGCUGGCGGCGUGGAUGCUGCACGGGCUGCUGCUGGACCAGAGCGAGGAGUUCUUCGUGAAGCAGGGUCCGAGUGCAGGUGGUGCUGCUGCCAACCAGGACGAGGAGGAGGAAGACCUGGGCCUGGGAGGUCUGAGCGGAAAGCAGCUCAGAGAGUUACAGGACCUGAGGCUGAUUGAAGAGGAGAACAUGCUGGCUCCAUCUCUUCAGCAGUUCUCCCUGCGAACAGAGAUGCUGCCAUCUUACAUACCCAUCCGAGUGGCCGAGAAGAUCCUCUUUGUUGGGGAGUCCGUUCAGAUGUUUGAAAACCACAACCACAGCCCGUCCAGAGCCGGCUCCAUAUUGAAACACCAGGAGGACGCGUUUGCUGCUGAGCUGCACAGACUCAAACAGCAACCUCUGUUCAGUUUGGUGGACUUUGAAAAUGUAAUCGAUGGGAUCCGGAGCACGGUGGCAGAGCAUCUGUGGACGCUGAUGGUGGAGGAGGCGGAUCUGCUUGAACAGCUCAAGAUCAUUAAGGACUUCUACUUGUUGGGUCGUGGGGAACUCUAUCAGGUUUUUAUCGACCUCGCUCAACACAUGCUGAAGGCGCCUCCGACAGCGGUCACUGAGCACGACGUUAACGUGGCCUUCCAGCAGGCGGCUCACAAGGUUCUUCUGGAUGACGACAACCUCCUGCCCCUCCUGCACCUCACCGUCGACUACCAGGGCAAAGACAGCAAAGACGCAUCGGGCCCCAGAGACGGAGCCACUCCCCCUCAGGACACGUCUCCUCGUGAAGCUCCUCCCACGGGCUGGGCGGCUCUGGGCCUCGCCUACAAAGUUCAGUGGCCGCUGCACAUCCUCUUCACUCCUGCUGUCCUGGAGAAGUACAACGUGGUGUUCAGGUACCUGCUCAGUGUGCGGCGGGUUCAGUCGCAGCUGCAGCACUGCUGGGCUCUGCAGAUGCAGAGAAAGCACCUGAAGUCCAGCCAAUCAGACGCAGUGAAGUGGAGGCUCCGUAACCACAUGGUGUUCUUAAUCGACAACCUGCAGUACUACUUACAGGUGGAUGUCCUGGAGUCUCAGUUCUCUCAGCUGCUUCAGCAGAUCAACUCCACCCGAGACUUCGAGAGCAUCCGCCUGGCCCACGACCAUUUCCUCAGCAACCUGCUGGCCCAGUCCUUCAUCCUCCUGAAGCCGGUGUUCCACUGCCUGAACGAGAUCCUGGAGCUGUGUCAGAGCUUCUGCUCUCUGGUAGGCCAGAGCGUGGCUUCGCUGGACGAAAGAGGAACGGCUCAGCAGCUCGACCUGCUGGUGAAGGGGUUCCGGCGCCAGUCGUCUCUGCUCUUCAAAAUCCUGUCCAGCGUGAGGAACCAUCAGAUCAACUCCGACCUGGCGCAGCUGCUGCUGCGGCUGGACUACAACAAGUACUACACACAAGCUGGAGGAACUUUGGGCGGGUAG